ACCCAACCAUCUCAAAAGACCCGGCGGUGGGGCUACCUGACUAUCUGCAUGCACAAAAAAAAAACCACCUCUUCCACCUCCUCAAAAUUUUUUUCCCUAGUUCUGGAGGUGCAAACAUGUCUGCAAGUUAUUAUCAGUGCAAGUGUCGACCGGACCGUGGGUCUCUUUGAUUCCUCUUAAAUAAGUUUUCACCGGAAGCGUUUCCCAAUUUGCCGAUUGUUGUUCGCGGCCGCCAUGGCACCCAAUCACCAAGUCACCCUCGGCCCGGAAAUUUUAGAUACUCAAGACGAGGCCGUCGCUCAUACUGAAGAAUUAAUUAAAAGCAUCAAAAGCGUCCCGGAGACUUUGACGAAAAGCGCGCCGACGGAAGCACCGGAAGAGGCGACGACGACAGAGGAGCCGCACCUGCCGUUAAAAUGGGCAAACAUUGUUGGCAUCUUCAUUUUCCAUGCAGUCGCGACGUACGGCUUCUUCGUCACCAUCACGCAAGGCUAUUGGCUCACAGUUUUUUGGAUGUACGGAAUGGGUCAGCUGGGAGGCAUUGGAGUCACUGGCGGCGUGCACAGGCUAUGGACCCAUCGCGCAUACAAGGCCAAGCUUCCCCUUAGGAUAAUUCUGGCCAUGCUUUUUUCACUUUCAGGACAGAAUUCAAUUUUUGAUUGGGUGCGAGACCACCGUGUGCACCACAAAUUCAGCGAAACAAACGCCGAUCCGCACAAUGCCAACAGGGGUUUUUUCUUCGCCCACGUUGGCUGGCUGAUGCAGAAAAAGCACCCUGCGGUCAUUGAGAAUGGUCGCAAGGUGGACAUGAGUGAUGUUCUCUCAGACCCAGUCGUCCAAUUCCACUUAAGGCAUUUUUGGACACUGAAAGUUCUGCUGUGUGGCGUCUUGCCCAUGGUUGUGCCUGCCCUUUUCUGGGGUGAAACCUGGCGAAUCUCGUUUUACAACAUGGCAGCGAGGUACAUGUUUGGACUGAACUUCACCUGGCUCGUUAACAGUGCUGCCCACAUUUGGGGCCACAAACCCUAUGACCGCUUCAUUCAGCCUACUGAAAACCGCAUCGUGGCUGUUUUGGCGUUAGGCGAAGGAUGGCACAAUUACCACCACGUCUUUCCUUGGGACUACAAAACCUCUGAGCACGGCACUUAUUCUUUCAACUGGACAACAGCCUUCAUCGAUUUCUUCGCCUGGAUCGGCUGGGCCUACGAUUUGAAGCAGGUGACGCCGGCCAUCAUUGAGCGCCGCUCAAAGAGGACAGGGGAUGGCUCAAGGGCGACCCACGGCUCUGUCGGGGGUGUCCACAUAAGUGAGGAAGAGGAACCUGAACCGGAUGACUUUUUGCUCCCGAGCAGUUCGAAACAAGAUUGACGACAAUGAAUAAUCAAGACUCAGCCACGAGUGCCAAUUCCCGCAGUGAUGCGCACACUUUUGAUUAACUGUACAUAGUCUGAAUUCUAGAUUUAAAGUGAGAAUAUGGAGGAUAAAUUUAUAUUAAAUGAAUGGCACGAAUUAUUGGUAGAGGCCUUUGAAAACUGAAAAAUUAUGCUUCUGGUCUACAUUUUAGGACCAAUUAAUUGAAAGCGCCGAGAUAAUGCAGAUCGCUUCUAUUUAAGAUUAUCAGAUACAAUUGAAGUGAAAGUCUUUUUAUGCCUGGUUACGAAAAAUAUUAUAAAAAAAAGAAAAAAAUGAGAGACUUUAGAACUUAUGCAGGGAUCUUUCAUGAAGAUCGAUUCUUUGGAUAUUUCAAUCUGGCCCACAAGCUUAUUUUUUCUUGGAAUUUAAAAAAAUCGUUUCUUUUUUUCAUUGCUCUUUAUAAACUCUGUACUACAGGAUAUAAAACGCAGAGUCAACCAUCCUAAAAAAGUGACAUUUUAAAUUCUGCAAAGAAAACACGAUAAAUUCUUAAGAACCGAUUAUCUUAUCUAACAAUAAGUCCUCUGAAGUCCCUGCGAUGUCUGGCGUCUCUUAUUUCCGCUCACAGCAUGUAGUUCCAUUAUAUGCUAGACCGAGUGCAUUCAAUAUUAAGAAAAUUUUGACACUCAAAUUGAUGUAUUGGUAAAUUUGAUAAAAAUUGCUCAGAAACUUUAAAAUCUCUGUUUUAAGAUUUGCUAAAUCGGGAUGUUUCCUGUGAAAUUCAAUUUCUCAUUUUAUUUUCAAUAUGUAUUGUGGAUUUCUUAAUUUUUUGACGUAUGAAUUUUGUAACAAAUGGAAAAAAAAUAUAAGGCUUAUUUCAAGUUUCAAGAAACGGAGUUUGAAAUAUGUCCCAAUAAAUAUACUGAAACUAGAAA